UCUAUCUCCUCCGCGCGGCGCAUCCAGUCCCGUCGGAUGUUUGCUGCCUCGGACCCUGUGCGUUGCAAUACGUGCGGGUUCGCCCGUUCCAACAGCUGCGAAGCUGGACAAAAGGCUGCCCACCGGGACCGAUGACGGCCCCCAGCCGCUACAAGGACUGGUCCCCGGCCGCCAUCUUCGGCGGUAACAGCAAUGAUGCGCGGGUCCACCCCCGCGGUCACCUUGGCGGCCAAUCAUCGGCACCGAGGAGCCCCGGCGCGCAAGCAGCCGCUUUAGCGUCAGCGUGGCGCGGUCGCGGCGGCGACAGGGGCGAUGGAUUAUUGAGCGCGCUGGCGGAGAUGAACGGCAUCAUCAGCGACGGCGUCGCGGAGGACGACGACGCCGGCGUGGCGCCGGCGGACUGGCGGACGCGCGCGAAGCAGCACGAGAAGCCGCGCAAGGCGAAGCCCCGUCGGCGGCCGCCAGCGCCAGCGCGAAGCCCCGACUUGGCCUCGCGCCAGCGCCAGCGGCAAGAGCAGCGCAUGCGCGCCGUCCACACGAUCCAGCGGGGCUGGCGGGCGCGAUGCGUUGUGGACCGCACGGCGCGGCAGCGCCCGGAGGCAAUUAGACGCCGGCAGUGGGGCGCCGUCGAGCUCGACGCCGUCCUCCAGAUCCAGGACGCCUGGCGCGACCGGAAGCGGUGGCUGGCCGGCGCCGACGCGCGCGCCGCCAAGACGGCAUCUCGGCUCUUAAAGAUUGCGUCCCGCGACGCGCGCGUGAAAGCGGCGGUCGCGCUCGAGUGCGCCUGGCGACGGAAAAUGGCCUACGAGCUGGCGGGCGAGGCCAUGUGGCAACUACGGCAGCGCAAGCAUCGUGCGGCCGCGGUGGUCCAGGACGCCCUACGGCGUAAACUGGCGCACAACGCGUUGCGGCGAAAGCUAUGCUGGCGCCGCGCCGCGGCGACGCUGCUCGCGGCCCACGAGCGCGGGCGUUCGAGUCGCCGUGCGUUCGGCGUGGCACGAGGCGCUUCGACGCGGCUCGCGGCGCUGUCGCGACGAAAGGUGGCCAUGGAGCAAUUUCGCGUUGCCAUCGCCGCAGCUGUAACUCUCCAGCGCCGGGCGCGCGGCCGCUCGGGGCGCCGAAUAGGCCUCUACCGCGCCGCGCUCCGCGAGUCCGUCGCGGUGUCGAUACGGCGUAUGGAGGCCGUCGCGGAAGCGAUGUCUGCGGCGAAUGACGCGGUCGCGGCCGCCCGGCGCGCGUCAGAGCUCGCGGCGGCCGCGGCGAAGAAAGCGUUUACCGAAUGCGCCCUGUUCACGGCCGCGAUGGUCGUGCAGGACCGCCGACGCGACGCGGCGGCGCAGAUCCUGCAGCGCGCGGCCCGGCGGUGGGCAGCCCGACGCAGGGGCGCCGCUGCGCAGACAAUUGUUGCUUUCGCAGAGGUCGCGGCGGCACGACGGCGCGAGGCAGCAAGACGGAGGCUUGCCUGUGCAACACUCGCGCCGCAUUUCCUUGCCCUGCUGGCGCGCCGGCGCAAAGAGCGGCUCGCGCGAGCGAAACGAAGGGUGAAGGCGGCCUUCACGCUCACGCGGCUCGGCCGUGGAUUCGUGGGACGAAGAGAGGCGCGUCGGCGGUGGGAAAUUGUGAGACGAAAAUUUACAUGUCGCAACUGCGGCCGCGCCGAGCCGAACGGAAAUUACUGCAAGGGUUGUGGCUAUAGACGACCGUCGCUGGAGGGCGAGGCCAAGCCCGUCGGCACGGGCGCCGCCGUGCCCAUCCGCCGGCCGCGCGCGACGAGCGCGGAGACGCGACGACCGCCGGCCAAACAGAGACAAUUGCGGUCGGGUUCGGCGGGGCAUCGCGACCCGGCCGACGCGUUGCGAGCCGCGCGCCGCGCGCUCGCUCCCAAAAAACCGGACCGGCUGCGAAGUGUCGUCCGCGACGCGCGCAAGAAGAGGAAUCCCCACUGUAGGCCACUGCUCUAAGG